ACCAUCAACAUCGUUUUUGUUCUUUUUUUUCACCCAUCGUAACUCGAAGCCAUGAGUCUGCUAUUUAUGGGCCCAGCCUGAGAAUCCAUUUCGUGAUUUCUCAUACAUCGUUCGCAACAUAAAUCUGGUAGCAGAGCGUGGUUUUACUGUGUGGAAAAUAUGAAAUCUGAAUGAUAAUAUGGUACAACUGAACUCCAUGGUUGCUGUUUACAUCGAGCUCCACGUGCAUGACCACCAAAUCGCCAGAAUGUCAUCCAAGGACAGUCAUCUUCCUAGACCAGGUUUGAUAAUUAUUUAAUUUUUUAUCAAGUUUUCAACAAUCAAUAGAAUGUCUGAACGUGAUGGAUCAGGUAUCAUCGAUGCAGAAAUACACGAUCGUGACCAACAGGAAACUCCAGCUGAUCCAGUGGAAUACACAUUGUUUACAGAUAAAGUUCAGUUUUGGAAAGCUCGAAUGAUUUGUCGUUUAAAUGGUGGAACCCUAGCAACGAUUACUGACAAGGAUACGUUAGAUACAGUAAAUAGUUUCAUAGCAAAUGAAUGGAAACUAAAGUUUACUGACUCGAAUCGUGAUGCCUGGAUCGGUCUUUACUGGUAUUCAGAAGACAUUUUAUUAUGGGAUGAUUACUUCUGUCCGAAUGCUAGUGAAAUAGCUACCGAGCUCUUAACGACCGCGUCGCAUGCUACAACCUAUACUGCAGAGAGACUUUGUUUUCAGAUUGAAGGUGGUCUACUUAUUCUAGAUGUAUGUCAGAAUGUGGAAUAUUUUAUCUGUCAACAAGUCAUGGGUACUUGUACGGAGGAGCCGUGUGCAACAGCGAAAUUGGUAUCUCAGUAUAAAGAAGGAAACCCUGGAGAAUGUCCUGAAAGAGCGACGUGGAUGCCCACCAUUACCCACUAUGAAACAAUGACCAUAUACAGCAGUGUCAUACAGUUGGUGAAUCAGACGGUGACGGCAACGCAAACAGAAACUACUUCAGUGGUAGUUACUCAAUCCUUAACAGUUACGUUUACGGAAACACACAUUCAAACAAUGUACACAACAGUGAUAACCAACCAACCAACGGUUGUCGUAAAUACGAUAUUUCAAACGGUGACGCCAUUACCAACAGCAGUAGUUACAACCGUUCCAGCAACCGUUAUAAUUUCCGUGACAGAGACAGUGAUAAGUGUACAACCAUCCACGGUAUAUAAAACAGUGUUCCAAAUACCACUAGCAGGAAGUAGCAACUUAUGCGGUAAUUCUCCAGAGACGCCAUCUCUAGCACCACCGAUUAUGUCCAGCUUCAAUGACAACAGUUCAUUGUACGAGGAGGACUCGUCGAAAACAUGGCUGUGUCGCUACGUCCCUGUGGUGGAUUAUCAUACAUCUUCAGUCAACCUCAUUGUCAGUAGCCUUGUCGGCGAAUUAACUGUUCAGAAAGGCGUACUUUCAAAGACUGUUUAUAAAAAGAAUUGUAUUGCCGACCAUAGACCAACGGCCAUUACUAUUGGGUGUUUCGGGAUAAUAAUGGUUUCAACUGUGAUAGCAGUGAUCAUUUUUUUUGAUGUACAGAAAAUGGUUGUCCACGCCAUUCAUUUGUGUAAAUCAUGAAUACAUGCUGGUCUUAAGCAUAUUGUAGAUUGCAACCGAUUCUUAAUAACAACCAAUAGGUUGCUCUCUGACUUACAUUAUAUCGAUACACACUAUACAGAUUAUCGCCAGAUGUUAGUGCACUUAUCGAAGGUGUUUUCAAAGUUCUUAAUUAUUUUUCUCUGUGAUCUGUUUAUUUCUACACAAUCUUUCAGAUGUUUUUAUUUUCUGUUUUGGGAAACAAGUCAUGUAAUCAUUUUUAAAUAAAUAAAUCGAUCAGAAGAAGUAAAAGCACGAAUCAACGUUCGGCAAAAAUAUGUUCUUAAUUGUAUUUUAGUAAUUUCAAAAUUUAAGGACAAUCACCAAAACAUCUGACAAAGGAUAACUGAAUUCGACACUUUUCUAUGUGGAACUGCUUAUUCGGAAAACUUAUUUAAGCGAUGUCAUUGGGUCAUGGUCCAUAUCAAGGACAUGUCACUGCUUGUAACUAAUGACCAAAGAGUCGACGUGGAAUGUUCGGAGACGCUAUUCCACCCAGAUUUUAUCUUGAACGACGAUUUUACUUUGAAUUCUUUCCAUUAGAUUAUAAAGCGAUAAGCACAGAAUAUUAGAGUACUAGGAUACCUGGUUUAAACCUGUUUGAUCACUGAGCCACCGUGACAUGUCAAAUCAACCUAAGCCUAUAGGAUUCUAGGAUUGGAUGAACUUCAAGAUGGAUGAUUGUUUUUGAUGGACAGUUGAUAAUUAAAUAAAUCCAGAAUAAUCUUACGGAAAUAAACUCCAACACAACAGUAUACAGGAAUAUUUUUACUGCUAUACUUAUGUGCACUGUGUAUUUAAAUAUAGCGAAUCGU